AUGUGCAGACACGACGACGUAGCCGGCUCCAACCUGGACAUCACCAAGGGCCGCGAGGUCCUGCCCAAGAAUGUUAAGCCGCUGCACUACGACCUGACGCUUGAGCCUAACUUGGAGACGUUCGAGUAUGAGGGUAAGGUCGUCAUCGAACUCGACGUUGUUGAGGACACUACGUCUAUUUCCCUGAACACGCUCGACCUCAACAUCCACUCAACCACCGUUUCGUCCGGAAACAGCGACAUCACCUCGAAGCCCGACCUGUCCUACGAUGAAGACACUCAGACGACCAAGGUCUCCUUCAAGGAGACGAUCCCGGCUGGCAGCAAGGCCAAGUUGACGCAGACCUUCACCGGUACCCUGAACAACAACAUGGCUGGUUUCUACCGCUCGUCAUACAAUGACGCAAACGGCAAGACCAAGUACCUCGCAACGACUCAGAUGGAACCCACGGAUGCUAGGAGGGCGUUCCCCUGCUUCGACGAGCCGGCCCUGAAGUCCAAGUUCACCAUUACCCUGGUCGCAGACAAGAACUUGACGUGCUUGAGCAACAUGGAUGAGGCCUCGACGAAGGAGGUAGACUCUAAGAUGAGCGGUGGCAAGAAGAAGGCUGUUACUUUUAACGAAACCCCGUUGAUGUCCACCUACCUGUUGGCUUUCAUCGUGGGUGAGCUCAAGGUUAUCGAGUCGAACGACUUCCGUGUGCCCGUCAGAGUGUAUGCCACCCCCGACAGGGACAUCAACCACGGAAAGUUCUCCCUUGACCUUGCCGCCAAGACUCUGGACUUCUACGAGAAAAAGUUCAACAGUCCUUUCCCUCUGCCGAAGAUGGACAUGGUCGCCAUUCCUGACUUCAGUGCCGGCGCUAUGGAAAACUGGGGUCUUGUCACCUACCGCGUAGUUGACCUUCUGUUCGACGAGAAGACUAGCGGCGCCUCGACUAAGCAGAGAGUUGCUGAGGUCGUCCAGCACGAGCUGGCCCACCAGUGGUUCGGUAACCUGGUCACCAUGGACUUCUGGGAUGGCCUCUGGCUCAACGAGGGUUUCGCCACCUGGAUGUCGUGGUACUCUUGCAACGAGUUCUACCCCGAGUGGAAGGUCUGGCAGGGAUACGUCACCGACAACCUCCAGAGCGCUCUGUCUCUCGAUUCUCUGCGGUCCAGCCACCCGAUUGAAGUUCCGGUCAAGCGUGCCGACGAGAUCAACCAAAUCUUCGAUGCCAUCUCAUACUCCAAGGGUUCUUGCGUGCUGCGUAUGAUUUCCAAGUACCUCGGCGAGGAGACUUUCAUGGAGGGUAUUCGUCGCUACCUUAAGAAGCACGCUUACGGAAACACUCAAACGAGUGACUUGUGGGCUGCUCUGAGCGAUGCUAGCGGUAAGGACGUCGAGAAGGUCAUGGACAUCUGGACGAAGAACGUCGGUUUCCCAGUGGUCACCGUCACCGAGGAUGCCAAGUCCAACUCCAUCCACGUUAAGCAGAACAGAUUCCUGCGCACCGCUGAUGUCAAGCCUGAGGAGGACAAGACCCUCUACCCCGUCUUCUUGGGUCUCCGCACCAAGGAAGGCAUCAAUGAGGAUGUCACCUUGAACAGCCGUGAGGCGGACUUCAAGCUCAAGGAUGUCGAUUUCUACAAGGUCAACGCCGAUCACUCCGGUAUCUACCGCACUUCUUACAGCCCCGAGCGCCUGAAGAAGCUUGGUGAAGCUGCCAAGAACGGCCUGCUCUCUGUCGAGGACCGUGCUGGUAUGAUUGCUGACGCUGGUGCUCUGGCUGCUUCUGGUUACCAGAAGACUUCUGGCAUUCUUUCGCUGCUGGAAGGCUUCAAGUCGGAGUCUGAGUUCGUUGUCUGGGAUGAGAUCACUGCCCGCAUUGGUUCGCUCCGUGCUGCUUGGGUCUUCCAGGACGAGCAGAUCAAGGACGCCCUUAAGAAGUUCCAGCUCAAGCUUGUUGGUGAGAAGGCACACCAGUUGGGCUGGGAGUUCAAGGAUAGUGACGGGCACAUUGAGCAGCAGUUCAAGUCGCUGCUGUUCGGCUCUGCUGGUCUUGCGGGCGACGAGAAGGUCAAGAAGUCGGCCUUUGAGAUGUUCGAGAAGUUCAAGAAGGGCGAUCGCUCUGCCAUUCACCCUAACAUUCGUGCUAGCGUCUAUGCCAUCGUUCUUAGCAACGGUGGUGAGGAGGAGUACAACGCUAUUCUCAACGAAUACCGCACCGCCUCGACCAGCGACGAGCGCAACACUGCCCUGCGCGCCAUCGGCCGCGCUAAGAAGCCCGAGCUCAUCCAGCGGACGUUGUCCCUCCCGCUUAGCGACGAGGUUAAGGGCCAGGACAUCUACCUCCCUCUGGGCGGUCUCAGGACUCACAAGGAGGGUAUCGAGGCUCUCUGGCAGUGGAUGACGUCCAACUGGGACGAGCUGGAGAAGAAGCUGCCCCCUGGCCUUACUAUGCUGGGCUCCGUCGUCACCAUUUGCACGUCCAGCUUCACGAGCAAGGCGCAGAUGCAGCGCAUCGAGGAUUUCUUUGGCAAGCGCGCCACCAAGGGCUUCAACCAGUCUUUGGCGCAGAGCUUGGAUGCCAUCCGCGCCAAGUCUAACUGGAUCGAGAGAGACAGCGAGGAUGUCAAGUCUUUCCUGAAGGAGCACGGCUACUUCUAA